AUGCAGAAAGAGUGUAUUACCAAGUGGUUCUAUGCCCAUGAAGUUCCAUGUGUGGAAGUGUACAGUGUUGUGGACAAGACACAACACCCUGAUGGGUCCUUUGUCUUAAUGAUCAUGUCACAAACCUUGUGUGGUUCUCAUGGUACAGAUCAAAACACUGCCUUGCUGGACAAGACCAAUUCUUGUGGUAUCCUAUGCUUUGAAGCUAACCAUGCCCUUUUAGAAGAAAUAAGGGAGAUAAAUCAGCGGCUUAUAGAUACAGUGGUGGAUAUCAGUGAUGAAGAUGUUGAUCCAACUGCGGCAGCAGCUGCUGCUGAAGGUGGUGAAGGAACCAUCGUUAAGUGCUCUUUUAGUGCUGUGGCUCUUAGUCCAAACCUGAAGUCUCAGUACGCUUCAGCACAAAUGUCACCAAUUCAGCCCUUACGAUUGCUUGUCCCCACAAAUUAUCCACAUUGCUCCCCAAUACUCUUGGACAAGUUUCCUGUUGAAGUAAGCAAAGAGUAUGAAGAUCUUUCCAUAAAGGCGAAAUCAAGGUUUAGUAUUUCUCUCCGAAGUCUUUCACAGCCCAUGUCGCUUGGAGAGAUAGCAAGGACUUGGGACGUGUGUGCUCGGACAGUUAUUUCAGAGUAUGCGCAGCAGAGCGGUGGAGGGAGCUUCAGCUCAAAAUAUGGGACUUGGGAGAACUGCUUGAGUGCAGCAUGA